CCUAGCUCAGGAUGUUAAAGGCAGAAGCCUGGGCCGGUUGGUUAUUCAUUGGCAAAAAAGAAAGAGCAGUGGAGGUCAGGACUGGUCAAACCACAGAGACAGACCUGACGCGGGAGAGAGCUGCUGGCAAAGGUAAGACGUGGAGAUCUUACCUGGAGUUCACCUCUUUCGCUUGGUAACUUUUUCUUGGGACAAGAGGCAGGAGGACUCUUUUCUGUUCUCAGACGUUUGUCUAAAUAAAGCCCUCUCAAAUUUAUUUUUGUGGUGGGAUUCCUAAGCAGACAAGAAGAAAAGUCACUCUCUCACCGAGCAGCUGCCCAGCUCCCACCAGGUUUUGCUCUGGGGCAGCAGCUACGGGCACAGAAAGCAAGCCGGUGAGCCUCUCCAAGCAGGUCCGCCGGACUGCUGGGAACCAGGGCUUGGUACACGCUCCCCAAACCUGGAGGACUGGUGCUGAUUUCAAAGUUUCCAGGUGGAAGAAGAGAAAGUGGAUCUGCAGAGAGUAAGGGGAGAGGGAGAAGCCCCUCUCCCCCACUGCCCACGGGGGCGCCAUGGGUAACAUCUGCCUGAGGCUCCGGACGUACCUGGAGCCCUGUCUCCCCUGCUUGUCUCAGGAGGCAGACAAGUCGGUGGUGAUUCAGAACCCGUGGACUGUCUGCCCCCCCGAUCCUCCCCGGCCGCCGUGUCUGGAGCCCGAGAGAAGCCAGGGCCAGUACUUUGUGGCUCUGUUUGAUUACCAGGCUCGGACUCCAGAGGACCUGAGCUUCCGCGCGGGCGACAAGCUCCAAGUCUUGGACACGUCCCAUGAGGGUUGGUGGCUCGCCAGGCACUUGGAGAAAAGGGCAGACAGCUCUGACCAGCAGCUGCAGGGCUAUAUUCCUUCUAACUAUGUGGCUGAGGACAGGAGCCUCCAGGCAGAGCCGUGGUUCUUUGGAGCAAUCAAGAGGGCAGAUGCUGAAAAACAACUAUUAUAUUCAGAAAAUCAGACAGGUGCUUUUCUAAUCAGAGAAAGUGAAAGUCAGAAAGGCAACUUCUCCCUUUCAGUUUUAGACAAUGGGGUUGUGAAACACUACAGAAUCAGAAGACUGGAUGAAGGGGGCUUUUUCCUUACCCGGAGAAGAACCUUUUCGACACUGAAUGAAUUCGUGAGUCACUACACCAAGACAAGCGAUGGCCUGUGUGUCCAGCUGGAAAAACCAUGCUUAAAGAUACAAGUCCCAGCUCCCUUUGAUUUGUCAUAUAAAACCGUGGACCAAUGGGAGAUCGACCGCAGCUCCAUACAACUUCUGAAGAGAUUAGGAUCUGGUCAGUUCGGCGAAGUGUGGGAGGGCCUAUGGAACAAUACCACUCCGGUAGCAGUAAAAACAUUAAAACCAGGUUCAAUGGAUCCAAAUGACUUCCUGAGGGAGGCACAGAUAAUGAAGAACCUAAGACAUCCAAAGCUUAUCCAGCUUUAUGCUGUUUGCACUUUAGAAGAUCCUAUUUAUAUUAUUACAGAGUUGAUGAGACAUGGAAGUCUGCAAGAAUAUCUCCAAAAUGAUGCUGGAUCAAAUAUCCAUCUGAUGCAGCAGGUAGACAUGGCAGCCCAGGUUGCUUCUGGAAUGGCCUAUCUGGAGUCCCAGAACUACAUCCAUAGAGAUCUGGCUGCCAGAAAUGUCCUUGUUGGUGAACAUAGUAUCUACAAAGUGGCAGAUUUUGGACUUGCAAGAGUUUUUAAGGUAGAUAAUGAAGACAUCUAUGAAUCUAAACACGAAAUAAAGCUGCCGGUGAAGUGGACUGCGCCUGAAGCCAUUCGUACUAAUAAAUUCAGCAUUAAGUCUGAUGUGUGGUCAUUUGGAAUCCUUCUUUAUGAAAUCAUUACUUAUGGCAAAAUGCCUUAUAGUGGUAUGACAGGUGCUCAGGUAAUUCAUAUGUUGGGUCAAAACUAUAGACUCCCUCAACCAUCUAACUGUCCAUUGCAAUUCUACAACAUCAUGUUGGAGUGCUGGAAUGCAGAGCCUAAGGACCGGCCAACAUUUGAGACACUGCAUUGGAAAUUUGAGGAUUAUUUUGAAACAGACUCUUCAUAUUCAGAUACAAAUAACUUUGCAUGAUGAACACUGAAGAACAUCAAAUAAUGAAGUAGCAACAGAGUUCAAUAAUCAGUUCAGAAAUACAAUCAUAUUAACCAACUGUAAAAAUGAAUUUAUCUUGACAUAUUCAAGUGAUAAGGUACAUUUGGCCAUAUAAUACAAAAAAGAUUAUAUGUGUAUUUUAUCAACUGGGCAAUACUGCAGGACAGUCUGAGAUGAAAUAUCAUCUCCCCACUGCCUGGCAAAAUCAAAUGCACUAAACAAAGUUAUUUUUCUCCUUAAAAGAGACACAUUUCUAUUUAUUGUUUGAAAUGCUGUUCAAGAGGAUCAACAGAUGAUAGCGAAUUUUUACUCAGUGACUGUUGUAGCAUUUUCCUGUUUACUGAUUAAGGUGGCUAUUCAUUAUUCCUCGGAUUGCUGAAUCCCAUCAGGCUGUUAUUAUGAAGGAAUCUGAUUGCUUUGCUGCACAGCAGGACCUGUGCUUUGAGAUUUUUUUUCUCUUUUAAAAUAUCCUGUAUAACUACAAUGAUGGCAAAGACAUGUUAAAUGACUUGAUUGUACUUGGAGUAAUUGCACAUAUUUUUUUCCUAUGCAUAAAAAAAUGAAGCAGCUGUUGAGAAAAAGAAUUAAAAUCUCUCUCAUUUUGGAGAAGGAAAUGAUGGAAUUUUUCUCUACCUCGGUAUGUGUCAUCUGAGAUUCAUCUACAUUAGUUUUAAUCUCUUAAUGCUAAGAAUCAGCUUGCAAAGUUGAUGAGUUAUUAUCUUGGAAAUAUGCAAGAAACAUCUAAUAGCCUGCCAGAUCUGAGAAAUAAGUAUCAAAAUAGUUUAGGAAAAUGAGAGGAGAGCAGUAGGAUUGCUAAGGCCUGGGAUUUCUGAAUAAUUUAAAAAAUGUACUUUUGCUAUAUAGGCUACAAAACAGGCCAAACUCUGUUUCAGAUCUAGAGAGUAGGAAUAAGGAAUAAUAAGGUUUCAUAACGUUGGUUAUGAAACUGUAUUUUUUGUCUGACAAGACAAGAGAGUUUUUACUCAUCUUAAGUUUUCAUCAACCUUUGUAAGAAUGUUAUUUCUUCUUAAGCAAUGGGUGUAUCAAGUUCUGUGCCUCAUUAGAUGAUUAGGGAGAGCUCUCAAAGGGGGUUUCAAAAUCAAAUAUAUAUUCAAAGAUCUUCUAAUGUAAAGCAAUAUGAAUGAAAAAAUGCAUAAGAAAAUUUUGAGUAUAUUGAGAAUAUUUUGAGUAUCUUCUUUCAUCUUUCUUUAAAGGAGAAGAAGAGCAGUUUUAAGUGGUUACGGAAACCCCAACACAAAGUAGAUUAAGGACUAAGUAAAUCUGUAUACUCUGUAACUGGAAGACAGGAGUUGUUAAAAAGGAGACAGCAGGCCCCAAAUGGAGUCACUUGUGCUAAGCCCCAUAUCAGCAAACCAAGACUUAAUACUUAAACUAAUUGCAGUUUCAGCAUUUCCCAGAAAUGUAAUCUUUAACCAGUCAACCUGGAAUUACCUGGCCGGCAUGACAGACCCCUUCCAUCCCACUUAGGAGGGCAGGAGGGCGACCUCGUCAGAAACAAUGCAUUCUUUGCUAAUGACGUUCUUUUCCCACCCCCUUUCUCCUUUUAAAAACCCUUGCUUUUCUACAGCAUGGCCGAGCUCCUUUCUAUUUGUUAAAUGGGAUGCUGCCCAAUUCACGAAUCACCGAAUAAAGCCAAUUUGAUCUUUAAA